AUGGACACAGCACUGACGGUGUCUCUGCUUGGACUGUCUCUUGUCUUGCUAUCCUUCCCUGAGCAUGCUUCACUGAACGGAGCACUUGACAGCUCCUCAGGAACUGUGUAUCUGGGCUCCGAAUAUGUGGAGGAGGCUCUUCAGAGGGCGAUAGAGCUGACUGAUGCUGCUUAUGCUCGCACAAGUGAAAGGGUGAAGAAGUCUCUCUCUGAGGGCGCUCUGAGACCGAGUGAUCUGCUGGCUCAGUUUAAACAGACUGAAGCAAAAACCAGAACUCAGAUCCGGGCUGCCGAACUGCUGGACAACACAGUGGAGUUGAUCAGAGAAAUGGUCUACACUCACACAAUGGUUCAGCCCAACCCUCACGAGCUUCUUAGUGAAAGAGAUGUGGAGAAUCUGCUGCAGGGGACGGGCUGCUCUGCUGAGCUGCACAAACCCAGCUGUCCCACCGAUUGUCUGUCUGAGCGCUACAGAUCCAUCACAGGAGAAUGCAACAACAGACAGAACCCCAGAUGGGGGGCUGCGAAUGUCCCGUAUUCCCGCUGGCUGCCUCCAGAGUACGAGGACAUGUGGGGGGCGCCCAGAGGCUGGGACCCAGAGCACACUUACCACAACGUCAGCCUGCCUCCAGUGCGGCUGGUGUCCCAGGAGGUGCUGUUCACCCACAAUGACAACAUCUCUCUAGACUCCACUCUGUCCCACCUGCUGGUGGAGUGGGGCCAGUGGAUAGACCAUGACGUGGUGCUGACGCCCCAGAGCCCCAGCACAGCUGCCUUCAGGACAGGAGCUGACUGCACCCGCUCCUGCAGCCGGGACACGCCCUGUUUCUCCAUACAGAUCCCACUGACAGAUCCUCGCAACGGCAUCCAGAGCUGCAUGCCUUUCUUCCGCUCUGCUCCGAGCUGUGUUGAUGGAGUUCAGCCCCGUCGCCACCGGGAGCAACUCAACGCCAUCACUUCCUUUGUGGAUGCCAGUAUGGUGUACGGCAGCUCUGACAAUCAGGCCUCUGCGCUACGUAACCACUCCUCUCCUCUGGGCUUAAUGGCCCUUAACUCACAGCACUUAGACCAGGAGCUGGCCUACAUGCCCUUCCUUCCUCGACUGCAGGCUCAUCUGGACCCCUGUGGCCCUCGUAAUUCCACCACUGCAGGGCCGUCAGACAGAUCUGCACCACAGGAGAACACCACAUCUUGUUUUCAAGCUGGUGAUUCAAGAGCCAACGAGCAUCUGGGAAUGAUCGCACUGCACACGCUCUUCCUGAGAGAGCACAACCGGCUGGUCAAAGAGUUACACCUGCUCAACCCUCACUGGAGCCCUGAUACCCUCUAUCAAGAGGCACGCAAGAUCAUGGGAGCCAUCCACCAGAUCCUAACGUGGGAGCACUACCUGCCUCGGGUCCUCGGUGAGAGCACCAUGUCCCAUCUGAUGCCUCCCUACAAAGGUUAUGACCCUGAAGUGGAUCCCAGCAUCGCUAACGCCUUUGCGGCAGCUGCGUUUCGUUUUGCCCAUGUCACCGUGCAGCCAGUAGUAUCCAGGCUGGGACCAGGUUACACCACUAACUCCCAGCAUCCCUCGCUGCCUCUGCAUCACUCACUGUUUGCCUCUUGGAGGGUUGUGCAGGAAGGUGGUAUCGACCCCGUGCUGCGUGGUCUGUUGCUGUCUCCGGCUAAGCUGCAGACUCCGGGUCAGAUGAUGGUGGAGGAGCUGACGGAGCGGCUGUUUCAGGCACAGGGAGGGAUGCCUCUGGACCUUGCAGCCCUUAACCUCCAGAGGGGCCGGGAUCAUGGCCUGCCUGGAUACGGCACGUGGCGAAGGUUCUGCGGCCUCUCUGUUCCCAACACGACAUCAGAGCUGGCAGAAAUCCUCCGUAACCAAACUUUGGCUCACAAAUUCCAGCUCCUGUACGGGACACCACACAACAUCGACGUGUGGGUGGGGGGCAUCUCUGAACCUGCUCUGCCCGGAGGCCGUGUGGGACCGCUGCUGUCCUGCCUGCUGGCAAGACAGUUCAGAGACCUGAGAGAUGGUGACAGGUUUUGGUGGGAGAGGGAAGGAGUGUUCACCAGUGCCCAGAGGAAAAACCUCCACGCUGUCUCUCUGUCCCGCAUCAUAUGUGACAAUAGCCACAUCACCCAUGUUCCUGCCGACGCCUUCUCACGCACCGAGAGCCCGGACGCCAUGCUGGCCUGCUCCCACCCGCUCAUACCCCACCUCGACCUCAGUUCCUGGAAAGAGCCAGACUCAGGUGAGGAUCUGAAAAAGAGGACGGAAGCUUUCUUUGCUGCAUUUUAUCUGCUGUGA